AUGUUUGUCUGCCGGGCCUGUCUGCGGAAAGGCCUAGCUCCUGGAGCUUUGGCUAGGAUAAAUGUGCCUGCAGUUGGAUCUCGUCUGGCCCUCCCAAGGUUAGGCGCACUUACACCAAGCCAGUCCACGACCGCCAUCCGAUCCUACCACUUACCCGCCCUCAAGCCAAAGACUGCCACCGAUCCCUCCGUUACCCUCGAUCUCGAAGCGCCGGAAGGGGAAGAAGAUGGAGACGGGUCGGAAGGGAAGAGGAAGAAGAGGGACCUGAGCGACGAGCAGCGGAAGAAGCUGGAGCGCAGUGCGGCUCUACAACUUAAGCAUUUCAAGGAUCCCUUCCACAUCGAGAAGCAGGUCAAGUUGACCCUCGACAAAGGAAAAUACGAGGAGGCCCUUGUUCUCACCCGCAAGGCCAGCAAGAACGCAAAGGUCCAAGUCUCGUGGAACCAUCUGAUCGACUACCACAUGAAGAACAAGCGUCUGUCUGCCGCCAUCAAGAUCUACAACGAGAUGAAGAAGCGCGCCCAGGUUCCAGAUGCCAGGACUUAUACGAUUAUCUUCCGAGGCUGCGCCAUGAGCGAGCACCCCAAGCAGGCAGUCGCAGAAGCCGUCAAGAUCUACCACAGCUUGCUCAGGAAUGAGCGCGUGAAGCCAACCACAAUCCAUCUUAACGCUGUCCUCGAGACAUGUGCCCGCGCCGGCGAUCUGGACAGCAUGUUUACGACAGUACAAACAGCCAACGAAAGCACACGCAAGCCCGACAAUCUGACCUACACAAUCAUCUUCAACGCCCUUCGGGCCCAAUUUAACCCACGACUGCCACUGGAUCGGGAUCCCAUGCAGCGCGACCAAGAAGAUAUCAACCGGGAGAAACAAGAGGCUAUCAACAGGGGCUUGCAAAUAUGGGAAGAUGUACAGCGUCAAUGGAAGAAGGCCAACCUCAUGAUCGACGAGGAAUUGGUAUGUUCCUUUGGAAGGCUCCUGACUCUGGGCACCAAGGAAGACAACGAGAGAGUCUUCGAGCUUUUGUCCUCAACCAUGCAGCUCCCGCGAUUCCAUGCUGGCGAGAAGGCAGCUGCCCAAGUGACCGCUAAGGCCGUAGACACAACCACCACGCCAGUGGUCUCACCUGAAGCAGCCUCUCCAGAAGCCACCGCCUCAGAAGCACCAGAAACCACACCAACGAAAACCACCCCAUCUGACUCGACCACACCCACCGUCCAGCCUACCGAAACUAAGCCCAACCUCUACGCCAAACCAGGCAACAACACCCUCUCCCUAAUCCUCUCCGUCCUCUCCAACACGCGCCGCACCUCGCUCGCCCAAAAGUACUGGGACCUGCUCACCUCCCCGCCCUACUCCAUCAAGCCAGACAAGGACAACUACUUCCGCUACUUGCGCGUCCUCCAAAUCGGCCGUGGUUCCGCCGCCACCGCGGCAGUCCUCCAGUCCAUGCCUGCCGAGUUCAUCACGCCCAUGAUCCUCAAGACGGCCUUCACGACCUGCAUUCGCGACGAGCUGAACCCGCACGCCUUUUCUCCGCACGCCUGCACCAUUUUUGACGUGAUGACCAAGAAGACCCGCUACCCGGACGCCAUCGCCAUGCGUCUCUUUUUGCAAUCCGCCCAAGGAAACUUCCGCCACAUCAAGAAGAUGGCCGAGACCGACCCCCUGGGAUCCCGCCAGGCAAUGGGCAAGCAAAUCAUGCUCGCCCUCGACAAGAUGUGGCAGCCGUAUCGGAUCAUGGCCAACCAAUACUCUUACCCGAUCGGCAGUCGCGUGCAGGCGCAGAGCCCAGAAGACGCGUGGAAGGCUGUGCGGGCGCACAUGUCCGAGUGCGUGGUCACCGCUCGCCGGAUGAUUAGUGCCAUUGAUAAGGUCAUGUUGAAUAGCAUGUGUGCCGAUGACGAAAUCCUCAAAGUGCUGAAGCGACGGAGGGUGAUUUUGCAGAAUAUGGUGGAGCGGUAUGUGGCCAAGGACGGCGACAUGAUGGGUAGGUGGAGGGAGAAGAUGGUGGAGCGGUAUGGGGAGGCGGGCCUGAAGAAGCGAGAGGCGGAGAAGAAGGGGGUUAGUAAUGCCGGGGAAGAAUAUGAGUUUGGCCAGCCGAAGCCUAACGAGUUUGAGAGGAAUCUGAACAAGAAGAAGGAGGAGGCGGUUGCUGCGAACGAGAAGAGGAAGGCGGAGCAGGCACAACGGCCCAGAGAGGAAGAAGAGGAGAACGAAGAGGAUGAGGACGAGGAAGAGUGGGAAGAUAUUACGGAAAGUCGUUAUCCCAGAGACAAGACGAGGAGUUUGAGGAAUGAGUUGCGGAGGGACGAGAAGAGCAGUUCCAAGUACGGGUACCAGCAGACGAGUAAUAACAGCUCGUCAUGGUCGAGAGAGAGUCAAGGAGGGAAAUGGGAUAGGGACAGCCAGCAGGAUCGGUGGGGCAGCAGCGGGAGGAAACCCAGCUGGUGAUGAAUGGUCUAUAGGUUCUUGUUAGAUAGGUUGUAAGUUAGUUUGGCUCCGGAUGAUUGCCUGGCAGACGAUCAUUUACUGUAUAUAUAUACUUUUGUUGAUACCUCAAU